GUGUCCACUGGCGGGGGCGGCGGCGGCGGCGGGGGCGGAGGGGGCGGCUACUCGCAGCGGCGCGGCUCGCUGCAGCUGUGGCAGUUCCUGGUCGCGCUGCUCGACGACCCGGGCAACGCCUCGUGCAUCGCCUGGACGGGCCGCGGCAUGGAGUUCAAGCUGGUCGAGCCCGAGGAGGUGGCGCGUCGGUGGGGCGUGCAGAAGAACCGGCCCGCCAUGAACUACGACAAGCUGAGCAGGUCGCUGCGCUACUACUACGAGAAGGGCAUCAUGCAGAAGGUCGCUGGUGAGAGGUACGUCUACAAGUUCGUGUGCGACCCGGAGGCGCUGUUCAACAUGGCGUACGGCAGCGCUGCCAGCGGCAUCGUCCAGCGGGGGCGGGGGCCUGCCCGACCCGGGGCGCACCACCACAACAUGGCGGCCGCGGCGCUGCACCACAACAUGGCGGCCGCGGGCGGCAGCUACGGAGACAUGCCGCCGUCGACGUCAGCGUCCUCACCGGCGGCGCGUUACCAGUACGGUCCCGCGCCGACACCACCAGCCGAAUACCUGCAGAGAGAACUGCCGGCAGAUGGUAGCACCGUCCACAAGUUGGGCGACGCAGGACAAGCUUUCCUUCACGGCCUGCCGCUAGAUGCCACCAAAGUCGGCAGUGCUUCGCAUUUACAUCAUUCGUCGCUAGGAAGCGGUAGCAGCUCAAAACAGAAUGCAGACACCACACGUCCCGCCUCUCAAGGGACAGUCGACAACAAUAAUUCUACGCACAAACUCGAUCCACCAACAUUUCAUUGUUUGGGUGUCGAUAGUUGCGUGUGUUAG